ACUGGAUAAAAUCCUGCGCACCGAGGUUCUUCCUCAUGGCGCUCGGCCUCUUCCCAGCGCUACCGGCCAUCCCUCUGCUCGCCCUCGCUCCUCUGUUGGCUCAGACCGCGCCCCCUUCUCGGCCCCAUCUCCAUGGCGUCCGGCCGGAUCUCCAGUGCCACGCCGGCUUGGAGCUUCCAUGGCCGCAUCUCUUUUUCCCUGUGAUUUCAUGGCGUCCCUGCGUCGCAUAUUCCCUGAGCUCGUCGCCAUGGCUGCACCCAGCUGCUCCUCCAUGGCUCGUCUCUCCUUGGCACCCAGCCGAGCCCCUCCGCACGCCCAGAUGCCUGCUCGCUGCCAGCUCGCCCUGCUCUCUGUUUUCUCUCUCUGCCGCGCCCGCUGUUGGUUCGCUCUGCUCGCGGCCAGAGCUCCACUGCGUCGCGCCCAAGCUUCUGGCGUCUUCCUCCCCUGCGCAGAGUCUCAGCCUGCUUGCCGAGCCCAGCCGCCCUUCCCUUUGAUUCUCCCUCGCCCAUGGUCGAGUUCGCCCCAGCGCCGUGCUCUGCGCGCGACCGUUUCCUGUUCCCUGCGCGCGUCGAGCUCUCGUGCCGAGUCCCUCUGUUGCGUGCCCAGCCUCAAGUUCCUGUGCGCGCGCUCCACUGUUCCCUGGGUGAGUUCCUCGCUGCCACAGUUGUCUGGUGUUUGGCCCGCGUCGAUUCGCGUUCGCUCAUAUCGCCAUCGUCGUGUUGUCGCUGGUGAUAGCUUCGCGUGCGCGUCAAACUCCCGCGUCUAAGUCUUUUUCCUGCUCCCUUGUGUGCACUCUGCUUCCUCGCCGAGCUCGUCCCUGCGCGCCGAGGUCGCGCGCAGCUCUCCCAGCUCGCUCUGUCUGUGCGCCGCGCUCCCUUGUCGUGGUUUUCUGCUUCCUUGUCGCGCGCGCAGUGUUUCGUUGUCCCUCGUCGUGCCGAGUUCUCCUCUGCACGCAGUCGCGUCCUGUUUCCUGCUUGCCAGCGCGCCCUCUCGGCUCGCUCGGCCUUAAUCCCUAUCUCGUCGUCGAUCUCGCCGUGACUUAGUUCGUCUGUCGUGCUAGUCGCUGUCCGAUACUGUACCUAUUAGCUCGGAUCCUGCCCAGCUCGUCGUCGCGUCGUUUACCGUCGAGUCGUCAAACACGUCAUCCCCUGCUCGAUCCCCACCUCACCAGCUUACUCCAGACUUCAAUCGAAGGUCGUCGUCGUUCGUGCAUCCCCAAGAGAUCCCAAGAAUCGGGUGAAGACGAAGUUAACAACGCGAUAUUCCCCCAAGCGCUCGACAAAUUGUCUCGAUCGGGAAAUCGCUACCGAUCUCGCGGAUUCGUGACAGCUGUUGAAACGGUACGUGAAUUAACCACGUGAUGCGGAAGACGAGCCAAGUUGACCCCAAGCGCGGGCUACUCCACAUGAUGGUGCUGAUCGACGAACCUGCCUGAUCAAGUGCUAGGACAAGGAUGAUCGUCAAGUGGUCGUCACCUAACAAACACUAACCUAGUGUUAUUCCAGGCAAGCCCCGGUGCAUGCAACCCCUUUCCUUGUGUUUUUAAAUAAUUUUCGCACACUUUAAGUCUAGUGAAAUGUGCAUUAGAUUCAUAGGAGUUGCUUGGAACCAUUUGAUGCAUUGCUUUCCUUGAUAUCCAUACCUUUAUAGAUACUUCUGUGAAGUAUCAAAAUAUGAUUUACAAAAAUGCUUAGCCUUGCUUAGAUCUUGUGGAUAGAGGUUAUCCUUAGCCUAGCUCGAGAAAGGAUGGCUUCUACCUGCAAGAAUAUUUUCAUUUAGAGCAAUAGUGGGAUCUUACUGCAAAGUUCCCUGUGAUGCUCUUUCAUCCUAAGGAACAGAAACAAUCCUAAGGAUGGAAAUACUUAAAUUGAGACUUGGGUUAGGAACAGGUGAUGUUCUACCCAGGUUGAUUAAGGAUUGAAUGCGUAUGUAGGCGUGUUGAUCGAGGACCCUUUAACUGGUCACAUGCCUCGUCAUGGGUAAGCCUUGCCUCGGGCAGACUAAGGCCAGAAUAAGAUAACACGAAAUGGGCGUGGAGCGGUGGCGAGAGUAGCGUGUACCCUCCGUGGCAAGAGGCUGGACGGUGGUGUAUCUGUGCUCUCGGUUUGCGUGAACCUGAUCUGGUCUUAAGAACCCCGGUGGCAUAUGCAAGGGUUAAGUGCUACAUAUGUCGUGUGAUUGGAGAUCCUCAGCUGAGUAUAAUCGAUUCGGAUCGCCGUACCUUCGCGGUUAUGAAGACUUGGUCACUUCCCUACAACCUAAGUCAGGAUGUGAACAUUAUGGAUAAAAAAAUGAUGUUGUAUUGAUGAGAUGAUGGAAUUAGACUAGAUGCAAACAGAGUCUAUUAAUAUUUAAUCUGGCGUUAAAAUAUUGAAAGUAAGGACUCACUUUAGUAAGCUAUUUCUGCAAAAGUAUCUAAGUUGAUUCUUGCUAAAGCCUCUCCUUGACUCCUAUUUAUCCAGCAUACCCUUGAGAGUCUUUUCCUUAGUCGGGUAAGACUUGCUGAGUAAUUCCAUACUCAGGGUUUUAUUCCCUGUUGUUUUUCAGGAUAUAACUUUGUGCUGCUGUGAUGGUGUUAAGUGCCGGUGGGCUCGGCCUUCUUAUAUAAGUAUACCCAGUCUUUAUCUUCUUACUGAGGAUGGUCAUUUGAGCUAGCAUAUAUUUCAAACUUAUACUUUUGUAAUCACUCCGAUAAAAUAAUAUAAAAUUUUUGUAACUUGUAAAAUUUGGUAAUAAGAUUUCCGCUGCAAAAUAUUGAUGUGUGUGAUUUGUGUUACUUAAUCCCGCGGUUCUGGUUGUAAGUGGUUUAUUCGAUGUCCUUGGGGCAAUCGGACGGAUCCUGUUAAGUUAUUUAGUGCACAUGCAUAGCUGUCUGAGGUCUUUGAGACAAGGACAGGUGCAUGUGGGCCCAAUAACUUGGGAGGUUCUGCCACAGCUGGUAUCAGAGCAGGAUUAAGUAUGUACGGUCACAUACGUACUUUCAAAACAAAAGUUUUGGUUUUAAAAAACCUAUUUUCAUCUAAACACAUUGUUUGGUUUUGAAAACAGCUUUGAAAAACUAUAAUGCUAGCGACAUCCUCUGUUAAGCCCUAAAUUAAGGACUAUCAGGUGGCUUAUUCAAAACACUAACCCACAACCGGGUGGAUAUUGCAUACAUGUGUAUUGUUAUUUUUGAGGCCAUUCAGUAUUGAAUGGAUCGACGCUCAGGUAAGGUGAGAUGUGAGAGCAUGACCGAACAAUCGUCGGUCUAGGGAAGAGUGUAAAAAAGCGCUUGAUUAUAUACAUGUUCCACAUAUGUAUAUAUGAAGGCUGCGAUGUGGAGUAAUUACUUUUCCGGGAAUUCAGUACCCCAUGGAUGUAUGGGUAUACAGACAUGGGAAUACUGAGAAUUGUAAUGUACCUGUAACGACGCACCUACACUCAGGUAAGAAGGUAAGUUACCAUAAUGAGUUGCCCUAUGGUUAAAGUGUGGCAACGGCGCCUAUGCGUGGCUCGACGCUUAAUGAUGAGCUGGCCUCCAUAUAGUAAUAUAUGGAGUAUAAACUGUGAUAAACUAUCAUGUGUGAAUUGCAUCAUGGGAAAAUGGGCUGUAAUGGAAUUUUCUGCAGGUACACUAACCCCGAAAACGUAUGUGUAGCUGACGACUAGCAAAAUAUCGUGAGAGUCGUAAGAAUGCCACCGAUAUAGAACGUUAUUGCCACAUUAUGUUGGCAAAAUCAGUGAGGACGAAUAGGACGAGCAUGCAUCCUGAUUGUUGCAUCAUGUUUGUCACCUAUACACCCAAGAUGCUUUUCUCAUCUUUAUUCCAGUAACCAUUGAUUGUAGAUAAUAUGGUGUAAUGCUGAAUUAUGAACUUCGAUGAAAUAGGUGUCCUCCAUUCUUUAGGUAACCUAUUCAGGUCUUAUAUGGUGUUUGCCCUUGUGCUUGAUGUGUCGAUAGAAGGUUAGUGACUUGUUUGCCUAAACCCAAAACUAGGCCAUGUUCUUAGUUGGUGAACCAUGACCCAAAGUUGAUUUUUCUGUUACCCCUCCUUGACCCAAACUUAUACAAAUAAAUGCUUAGAUAAUUUCUUCAUUGGACAAAAAGGGUACUUAAGCUUAAAAUAAGAAUCUCGAGUCAUGUUUCCUUCUAAAACCAUUCCCUUGUUCAUCUGUGCAAGCUGAUGUCUCUAUUCCAGUUUGCCUGUUCUUGAAGAUCGCAAUGUUGUUUCAUCAACCUAGCCUAGGAAAGACAUGUCCGAUCAUUUUCUUAAGUUCGAUGCCUUUGGUUUCCUCAUAUCUAUCAAAGGCAUAGCAACUUAAUCCUAUGAUUGUUUUCCCUCCAUAUCUAAUCAGAUAAUAAUCCUUGACCUUGUAAUAUCUGCGAUGGGCAUAGAAAUAUGUUUGGGGCUGAAUUAACAGUCUCCCAUCGUACUCCUUUCAUCAAGUUUAGGUUAUGGCCAUGUCUUAUUCAUUUCAUCGGGCCAUGAUCUAUUUGGCUCUCUAUUUGUAAUCAUUCUUACAGGUGGAGUAUCCCUUUGUAUAUUGUCACCCUUGCCCAAUCUAUUGGUGUGGCGCGAGAUUUCUUAUUGGUUACGUCUGGUAAUGGUGUUAUGACUAAAGCCGAUGAUGCCACGACGAAACCGAGGGCCUCCUGUGAAUGUACACACAUGGUUGCGCUACUUGGCACGCGCUGGUAUCACAGUUAGUAGUCAUAAUCCAUUAUGAGACUAUAUCAAUGUGUUUUCUUGGCACAAUCUGUUUUUGCUACGUGAGAUUCAUUAUUGGUGUCGGUUCGGUGAUGGUGUCAUGAUUAAGAACGUAUGGUGCCGCAGCGAAACUGAGAGCCCCUUGUGAAUGUACACGCAAGGUUAUGCUGCUUGGCGCAUGCUGGUAUCAAGGUCCCUAGUCAUGAUCCAUUGUGGAACUACACUGAUGUGUUAUCUUCCGUGGACCUUCCCUUGAAACAAAUUCUAUGUUGUUUGUGAAGUGAUCAAGCAACAUCUGUCAUCUCCAUUGGAUCAAAAGGGCAUACCACUUUCAUGUGUGGUCUUAUUUCUUUUGAUCCUGGUAGUGACUACUCAUACAAGUUCCCUUUACGUCUUGUGGGUAAAGCUGAAGCCUUGGAGCUUUUUAUUGUUGAAAAACAACUGAUUAGCUCUCAAAAUAAAGAUUUGGCUUUCCCUGCUGCUGUGAUGCAGGAGUUUGUUCAUUCGCUCCCUUAUUUAAUCCAUGUAUUCCCUAACCAAGUGGAUAAUUCAUCUCGCAUGAAGAAAUGGAUGAACAACAUGACCAAAUGGAUUUCUACCCAAAUGCAUGACCUUUUGCUAGCGAAUGUGAGCUCUCGACCGUUGGCUUACCGAUGGUACUGAGAGGACUUGCUCAAUGUCGAAAGUAGUUCAACAAGUUGGUUUUACUAACUUGUAACCGCCUUGUGAUCAAAGGUUGAGUUUAGAGAUCGCUUUAUCGAGUUGUCUGAACUCACUUUGGGUCAACCCAUCCUAAGGAAGUACUUACAAGAAUUAAGAUUAAGUCGGCCAGUAACUGCCUAAUUAUCGCUCUAGUCAUGCCUCGAUCGCCUCACGUGUACUUUUCCAGCGUGUGUGAUCAUGUCGAGCCAUGCCUAGUGCUUGAUAAAAUGGUAUGGUUGCGAAGACAACAUCAACGAAUCUUUCCAUUGGUAUUUUUUUUGAGUCUCUAUCAUUUUCUUGGACUUGGAUUCUCUGGCUAACACGAGUUAACUGUGAUGUUAUUCAACAUCCACACUCGUCUCAUGUAUUAUGAACUUACCAUGACCACUUGUUGGUAAACCUCUUUCUAUGUGUUUUACCCAAGAUGGUGCAUCUGAUUCUGUUUGGGUAAAAUUGCGUAUUUACCGCUCGCUCAACAGACUCAGAUAGUACAGUGUCAUCAGAAAAAGCAAACUGCACACAUGAAACCUUAUGUGUUCCUCUGGUAGAUAUCGUCUCUAUUGGUGGAUAUUUCUAAAUUAGCUUAAGGCGACAUAUGAUAUGUCCACUGGAGAGACCCCAUCCUGAGACACUCGCCUUUGCUUGGACCGCCUUAUGAUUAUCGCUGAUAUGGGCAUGGGUUACAUGCUUCUCUACUCUUAAGAGUCUUUCGCUCUGAAUCUCGGGACGAGAUUCUUUUAAGGGGGGAGGGCUGUAACACCCAGGUGUUUAUAUUCCGCUCGACAACGAGUACGGAUUUAAGCACGCAAUAUCAGUGGAUAAAACAGAUUUUAAAUUUUAAUCAUCCUCGUUUAUUGCGAAUUCAAUAUCGCAUCUGUUCCAUUUGUCGCGAGUGCGACAUCAUUUUUACUUCUAUUAUUUGGGCUCUUCCAAAAAUUUUCGUGAUGAUCGGAACAUCGUCAUUCCGAAAAUCGGUGCGUCCGAUGAUUAUUUAAAAUUCGUCGCUCGCGCGAAUACGAAUUCGGAAGCCCGACACACUCUGAUGAUUUUAUUCUGAGCAGAUUAAUUUGAACUCGACAACUAAAGGUUGGGGGCAAAAUAAUUUGUAUCGUGCGUUGUCUGAGAAAAAUCGUGCGCGAGGUUAUAAUCCAAUUUAUUCUUUAGCACGUUGUUUCGAAGACAAAAUCGUGUAUAUGUUCGCAGAUAUUGUUUCGGCUAAUUUCGGUCGAAUCACGCGGAACAAAUUAUUAGUGCCGAAAUCAGUUCAUUUCGGUCUCUCGCUUCUCGCUCGGAUCCAAAUCUUCGGAUAUACGCAAUUAUUAAAUAGUUUAAUUCGCUAAAUCCGGAGAAUGAAAUGUGUAUUCGUGUAGCUUGCCGACCCGUGCACAGCGCUAAAAAUCUGGAUUUAAAAAUAUCCACGCUUUCCUUUUUUUUUAAAAAAAGAAAAAUCAAAACAAAAAAAG